UCAUCCCCCACCUCUCGUCUCUGCAGCAGGCAAGGCGCUCGCAUGGGCACCUCGCGCCGCCGCAGCGCCAGCGCCGAGGCUGCGAACGCCGACAGCGACUCCGACGGCGGCCUGGAGCACUUCUCCGGCGCCCUCUCGCUGCUCUUCGCGCACCACUCGGCCUCGUCAGGCGCCGCCGGCGCGCUGACGAGCUUCGAGCACGCUCGCCUGGCGACGCCGCUGCGCUUCCGCGUGCCCGAGCAUGCUGCCGGCGACACGGGCCUCUAUGCGCACUACCAGUGGGAUGCUGGACGCGUGCUCGCCGCACUGCUACUCGACGCGACCGGAGCGAAUGAGGGCGGCGAGGCGUCCUCUUCUGCGGCAGCGCCCUCAUCGCUCCUCGCACGUCUCUCGCUAGAGCAUCAUGACGCCGUCGUUGAGCUCGGCGCUGGCACUGGCCUGCCCAGCCUGGUGUCCGCACGCAUCAUUCGCGAUGGCCUCCUCGCCGAGAGCCGCUCAAAGACCCGCAGAGCCGUGGUGGUGACGGACUACCCGUCGCCGCAUCUGCUGCGGGCGCUUGAGGAGAAUAUGCAGAGGGAGCGGGAAGCGCCGGUCGCAAACAUGCCGCUGCCAAAAGAUGGGGCAAGGAAGGGAUCGGGUGGAGAUGCAGGCGGUCAAGCGCUCGACACACAUGUGCGGGGCCUCGAGUGGGGUGUGGAGGAGCAGGAGCGGAUAGUGUACAGCUUGUCGCCUGACGCUCGCGGCUUCUCGCUCGUCCUCGUCGCCGACUGUCUGUGGCAGACGGCCGCGCAGACCGCGCUGCUGCACACGAUGAGCGUGCUGCUUCGUCGCUCGUCCGAGGCGCGCAUCGCCGUCGUAGCAGGCUUCCACACGGGCGCCUGGGCGCUCGUGCGCUUCCUGCAGCGCGCCGCCGAGCUGCAUCUCGUGGCGCAUGACGAGGAGCGCUGGAGCAUGGAUGUGCUGCGUGCGGACUCUGCAGACGCCUGGCGCCCCUGGCACGGCGAUGUCGACUCGCUGCCUGCGACGCAGGAGGAACAGAGCCGCUCAUGCAUCGUCGUGCUGCUCGGCUGGAGCGAUGCGGCGCUCAGUUCGACGCCAAUAUAGAGCAUGACUGCGCGUG